AUGUCUACACCGACUGGGCAGCCGCCGGGUUUUGCUCCAUGGCAAGCUUCACAGGCACAGACACCUCCAACCGCCCCAAAUAAUACAGAGAUCGAAGAUGGAGUGUCAAUCAGACCCAUGAGACUCAAAGUCCUCUACACCUUCGAUGACCAGAACAAGACCAAUUGCCUGGCCCGAUGGCCCCACGUCCUUCAAAUACAAACCGUUGCCAUGGACGAGGCGACAUCGAUUGGAGUUAUUGAGCUAAAGACAUGUAUAGACGCCAUUGUGCAGUGCAGCCCCGAACUCGUUGCCAGACUUGGUCAGGAUUACACCGUCUAUGCUUACGACUACUCCGAAUACGACAACCCUCUUGUCGGACAAGGAAUGCUAUCAAGAGCGCUCUCUACAGCUUCCCCAACACCAGACGCCCCUGCGAAUCAAUCUAGACAACUUAUUACAGGCAGGGUCUGCAAAAAUAUUCUGGGGAUCUUCACGAAUGGUGUGAAGGAGACUCUAGAGGUCAAGCUGAGACUUGUGCCAGUUCCUACGAUGCUGCAAGGAGAGUAUGUCAAUACUAUGGAGAAGUACAGAGAGAUGAGCAAAGGUUUACCAACUGGUUUUGACACCAACGAAUGGAAUUCCUUCAUGCAAUCAAAUCCGAACCUUGGACAAAUGGCAAAGAAACUCUCUCCAGCACCGACGAUGAAUAACAACCUCCGAGAUGGAAUGAGUAUGGAGGUUAUGAAUCAGUUAUUGAACCCACAUCUCCAACAGCCACCGAUGCAGGACAUGUUCAAUCAAUCCAGUCAAGUUAAUCAGGGCUCAUACAGUAACCAAUCGUCUUUCCACCAGAGCAACUUGAACAUGAAUGCAGAGCAUUCCGGGAAUGAGAACAGGGCUACGCCCGCCGCGGCAGAGAAGGCUAAGAAGACCUCACGGCCUUCAUCACGGGUGUCUGUCAAAAGACCUAGAGCUCGCAAGCCCAGGGCAACUGCUGCUUCUGUAGGAGGCAACACUUCUGGUUAUGAGGAGGGUACCGAUGGAGAUGAUGGACCAACUGCAAAGAAACGUGCUAAGGUUACAAAGACCGACUGGAAUGGUAAUGCGACCUUGGGAAUGACGCCAGACUCUCUACGUGUAGCUGCUGGGACCUCAGGAUCACUGCGUCUAUUUCGACCUAUUGCUGCUUACCCAGGUGCGGGGGGCCCCGAAUCAAAUCAUCUUCAGGAUGGGCCUAGAGCACCCACACCUGUUCCUCAUCUUCCAAACCAGCAUAUGCACCGAGACCAGGCUCCUCCGAGCUCUCUUCGACGUGACUCCUUGACCGAACUACCCCAGCUGCCUCCGCAACACGUAUCUCCCUACCCACCACUACAGAAGCCAGAAGACCAAGUCAGAACUUCCAUCGAAUCGGCCCACCCUUCCCCCGAACGAAACUUUAGCCCUGCAGAUACGCCUCCUGAGAUUGGCUCCUCGCCUCCAGUCAUGAGAACCAGACCACCAUCUGUCAUUCGCUCAAGUCCGCCAUGUCCUUCCAGCCCUGUGCUACCGCAGAUGCCUAGAACAGAUUCGGGAUUCAUGAGUGGAUCACUGGAAGAUCUCUUUGGAGAGGACGAUGACUCAAUGGUUCCAAACAAUGAAGCUGGUAAUCUUAAUUCACAUCAACAAUUCGGACCUCGACCAGCUGCUGGACAAGCCCAAUCCCCCCCCGAUCAGGGAAGCGACUGGGAUUUCAUCAUUCAAAUUCCGGGUCCACCAGAACUGUUGCCUAGCAGAAUGCCGAUUAUUGAAUUGCCAACACAGGUCGAGGCUAGGGCUAGAGCAGCGAUCAACCGUGCUGGAAGCGUGAUGUCUGAAGAUGGCCAAAUUCUCCCUCCACUGAAGAACAAUAAACGACCUCCACUUCGGAGGACCAUGAGCCAAUCGGACAUCACACCUACGCAAUUUCAGUCCCAGAAGUCUUCCCUUGGCCCCAAGUCCCCCCAAAUACAUCCCCCUCAACUUGAGGAGCAGUCUCAACAGCAUCCCCAAUCCCAGCCUCCUCUCGAGAUACGACAGCCAAGUCAAAGCAGACAGCCAAGUCAAAACAGAUUGUCACAACCUCCAGUCAGUGUUCCAAGCCCGUCUUCGAAUUCUGGUCCACCAAAUGUGCCAGCUAGUAUUCCAACACCCACUCCUUCAUUCUCACAGCCUACUGCACAAGCUCCAUCUCCUGCCCCUUCGCAGGAGCCAUCAUCUCUACCUCCGCCUGCCCCUACUACGGCUCCUCAUUCAAGACCAACAUCUAGAUCUGGAAUGAAAGUACGAACAGCUUCUAUGGGUUCUCUCACUCUUCCCCAAGUUCCGGCCAGUGACCCGGUUCUCCCCCCUUCCAGCUUGCAGCGAUCUCAAACAUGGUCGGAGGCACCUCAUGCAGCUUCUGAGGCUCCUAUGCCACCUAUGUAUAUGCAUGGACAAAUGCAGAUGACGCAACCUCCCGGAAUGAAUUACAGUCGUCCACCUCAAUCUUACGGUCGGACAAUGACGGCAAAGAAAGCUUCAAUCAAGCACAAGCUUGAACUUGCCAUUGCUAACGGAGAGAUGCCUCCUUAUUGCGCCAACUGUGGGGCAAUUGACACUCCGACCUGGCGCAAAGCUUGGUCUCAAGAUCUGCCUGGUGUACCAGGGUAUUACGAAUACUCUGACGAUCCAGGUGCUGUCACUACGAUCAUCGUUUUGACUCGUGACGCUGAUGGAAAGCCUACUUCUCACAAACUCAUCAAGAAGUUUCUUGGUCCGAAGGAAGACCAAAAGGACUAUGAUGAGUUCCUCUUGUGCAAUCCUUGUGGCAUCUGGAUGUCUAAAUACAAAACCCAACGCCCUGAGGACAAAUGGGAUAAUAAUGGACCACUAGAGAGACCUCGAGGAGAGAAGAAGCGAACAACUCAACGCAUGGCUAAGCCAAGAAAGCUGCCUGAAUUGAAUCCCAUGCCACCGACUUCUGAGGCUAAUUUUCCACAAUCAGAUGCUAACUUCCCUGCUUCUGAAGCCAACUUUCCAAUGUCUGAAGCGCCCGCUCCUCCAGAGGUCAUUUCGCCGGGUGACAUAUCUGCGAUGCAGCAGGCAUCUGCAUCCACCGAACAAUCUCAGCGACAGCGAUCAACCAGUGCUCAGCCCAAGAAACGUCUGAAUGCCAUGACGUCUGAUGCCGCUUCCGCGGCUUUGAGACGGGCGAUUCAGUCCAGUCCUGCUAGAUGGGCCGGUACGCAGCACAGUCCGAUUGAGCUGGAGGAGCAAGAGGAUAUGGGCUCAACCCGACGACUACUCUUUCCGUCACCUAGAAAAGACACCUCUCCCAAGGUGCUCGGAGAAGUCGUUACGAAUGUCGUCCAGAUUGCCACGGAAUUCCGGUCGCCGAAGGAGAGCAUAAUCGAAAUCGAAGGCCAAAACAAGGAGAACCACCCGCCUGCGAUUGGGGAAGAUGAUGUGGAUGCAGAGUUCCUGCAGCUUUUCGAGGCGGAGAUUUCUAAAAGCGGUGAAAUUCAGCGACCAUCGACACCAGUCCGGAACUCCCCGACCCAAAAUCCAUUCAAGACCCCCACUCGUCCGACACCUAGCCAUCGGCCCAUCACUCGAAGUGUGACAAGAUCAGCUCGGUCAGCUAGAUCGAAUCGAUCUGCGAAGUCUCCAAGCCAACUCCUCACAUUCGCACCAACUCCCUCACGAACUCCUGCAUCAGCGCUUCGGCGGCUGUUGUCACCACGACACGAUCAUGGUGUAUUCGAGUCACCUUUCACCGCCACAUUGAACCAAAUGAUGUCUGAGGCCAAUAACCAAACCUCGCCCAUCCGGGAUGCUGAUGGUAUGGAGCUUGACUUCGGCAAUCUGCCUGAGCUACCUCAGCUUGGUGAUGGGCACAGUCAUGGGGAUUUGAAUUUCAGCCUGGAAGACUUCUUCUCCACUGAUGUCCCAAUGCCAAGUUCGCCGCCCAGAAUGGGAAAUUACCAGAUUUACGAAGAUCCGAUUACGACCAUGCAAAAUAUGAACAAUCUUGACUGGAGUGAUUUCGGUAAAUUUGCCUCCGAGAAGGUCGCGGCGAAUGAAGAAGUCAAGAUCAAGGACGAGCCAGCAAAUUCUCCGACAAAGCUACCAGCGAAGGAGAAGGAGGUUACGGAGAAGAAUGCUGAAUGA